CUUAAGCCGGAAGCCGCCUUCCUAGUGGAGACGCGAGUGGGGGAGGAGCAGUCCGAGGAGAACGUGGGUUGAACGUUGCAACUAGGGUGGAGAUCAAGCUGGAACAGGAGUUCCGAGCGACCCGGUACCAAGAAGGGGAGUGCCCGCGGCAGGUCGGUUGUGGCCUCGCUUUUGACAGUUCACCUGCCGAGCGUACUCGCUCUCGGAGGGCAAGCUCAAAUGGGUAGGUUUAAGGCCCCCUCUUCGAACAGCUGUUUCCCUGGGUUUCUCCAUUUUGCACACAGGAGCGUGAAUUAAGUUUAAUUGCAUACUUUUUGCGAUUCCCAGGGCCAGCUUGACACGUUCAUUGUGCUAUUUAACUGGGUUCGUGCUGGGCUAAUAAUUCACAUUAAGGCUUCUGGAGUGUAAGUGACCCACAGAAGUAUGAAAAGGGUAUGUUAGAAGAAAGAUGCUGGGGGUGAAGUAGAGUUGAGGAAGACAGAACUGGAAAGCUAGCUUGGUUUCAUAGUACAAUGAGCCUUAGGUCAUACGUAAUACUACCUUUAGGUUAUAUUGGGCUGUUUGGACGGAGUUUGGUGUAAUCAGGCUGGAGUAAAUAGAAAAUUUUAAACUAAGCAUUGACAGGCUCAGACUUAUAGGGGCAUCAUUUUGACAGUGAUAUGGAAGGGAAAGAGGUAGAGAUUUGAGACCUUUCCAAAGAACUGUCCACAGAAUUUGGUGACUUACUGUGCGAAGAGGGAAGUAAAGAGUAGGGAACAACUCAGACUUUCUAGUCUGUGUGUUUGGAAGGAUGGAGACGCCCACAUUUAAGUGAGCUAUGGGAAGGAGGAGCAGAUUGUUUUUGAAGGGAGGAAGAGCAGUUACUUAGGGUCAAAUUAAGUUGUAAAAUCCACUCCGGGAUUUUGUAUGUAAGUCAAAGUGAAUUGUAUUUGGAAGAAGACCUGGGGAGCCCACCUCUGGUAUUUUUUUUAUGUCCCUCAUAUGGACAAAUAAACCCUGGUAUUAAAUGAAUUUUCUUUUGGGGGUUCUCUAUAUUCAGGAUUUCAAUCACCAACCUAUCUGGUUUUUCCUGCUGAAAUGUUGGGUGAUGGAAUCAGGAGAGCAGAUUUGGAGGCUCUUUAUAUUUUAUAAUUGAGAGAGACAAAGAGAAAACCGUUUGAUUUGAAAAAGUUUUCUAGGUUCCCUCAGGUAGAUGGAAAUUUUCAUCAAAAACAGUUUAUUCAAGGUACAUAGCCUACUAGUUUCCCAUUUGAGAGUACCGCAGAAUGAUACAACCUGUACUGCUUCUCUAGGCAGGAUGAAGUAUAAAAUUAGCACCAAAUAGUAACUUUGUCAGGUGCUAAACUUUUUACAUGCUUUAUCUCAUUUAAUUCUUAGAAGAAACUAAUUUUACAAGUAAGUUUCUGGACCAGGAUCCGCAGGUACAAAGCCUGAAAAGCGUAAGUUUGAGUCCCACAUAGUUCCCUUUUGUAAGUAGAUUAUAAAUAGAACCAGCCAAAAGUAAUAAGUUGUCUGUGCCUUAAAAGAAAGAAAAAACUUAGCAUCAGUAGUUCUCACCAGAAGGGGUGAUUUUGCCUACCAGGGGACAUUUGGCAAGUCAGGAAAUUUUUGGCUGUUGGAUCUAGAGGGUAAAGGUCAGUGACGCUGCUAAACAUCGUCAGUGCGUAGAACAGCCUUCACAAACAAUUGUUUGGUCAAAGAUAUUUGUAGUGCUGCAGUUGAGAAAUUUCUGUCUUACGGUUAUUUCUUCAGGAAUAGGAAAUUAAGAUUCGCUGAUACUUUCUUUAAAAAGCAGUUUUAUUUUUGAAGUUAUUCCUUGGCUUGAAAGGGUUCAUUGAAAAAAUCCUUAGUGAUAUUGACAUGUCUCAAGUGACAUAAAUUAGCCAAUGACUCGGAAUGAUGGAUUCUCCGAAGAUUGGAAAUGGUUUGCCAGUGAUUGGACCAGGGACUGAUAUAGGGAUAUCUUCACUCCACAUGAAUUAUGAUUCAGCUAAAGUUCCAUCAGAUGGGUAUUGUCCUGCUUGUAGAGAGAAGGGAAAGUUAAAAGCCUUAAAGACUUACCGAAUUAGUUUUCAAGAAUCUGUCUUUUUGUGUGAGGAUCUGCAGUGUAUCUAUCCUUUGGGCUCUAAAUCACUUAAUAACCUAAUUUCUGCUGAUUUGGAAGAAUGUCACACUCCACAUAAGCCUCAGAAAAGGAAGAGCUUGGAAAGCAGCUAUAAGGAUUCACUUCUUUUAGCAAAUUCCAAAAAGACUAGAAAUUAUAUUGCUAUUGAUGGUGAAAAAGUUUUGAACAGCAAACAUAAUGGAGAACUCUAUGACGAAACCUCAUCAAACUUACCUGAUAGUAGUGGUCAACAGAAUCCAAUUAGGACAGCUGAUUCCUUGGAGCGAAAUGAGAUUUUGGAAGCUGAUACUGUUGACAUGGCUACUACAAAAGAUCCUGCUACAGUUGAUGUCUCUGGAACUGGCGGACCUUCCCCUCAAAAUGAAGGAUGUACAUCUAAACUGGAAAUGCCACUGGAGAGCAAAUGUACAUCAUUUCCCCAGACUUUAUGUGUCCAGUGGAAAAAUGCUUAUGCUCUCUGUUGGUUAGACUGUAUCCUGUCAGCUUUGGUGCACUCGGAAGAGUUAAAGAACACCGUGACUGGACUGUGCUCGAAGGAGGAAUCUAUAUUCUGGCGGUUGCUUACAAAAUAUAAUCAAGCAAAUACACUUCUGUAUGCCAAUCAAUUGAGUGGUGUUAAAGAUGGAGAUUGUAAAAAACUUACCUCAGAAAUAUUUGCAGAGAUAGAGACCUGUCUGAAUAAAGUUAGAGAUGAAAUUUUUAUUAGCCUUCAGCCCCAGCUGAGAUGCACAUUAGGUGAUAUGGAAAGCCCUGUGUUUGCAUUUCCCCUGCUCUUAAAACUAGAACCCCACAUUGAAAAGCUCUUCCUAUAUUCUUUUUCUUGGGACUUUGAAUGUUCGCAGUGUGGACACCAAUAUCAAAACAGGCAUAUGAAGAGUCUGGUCACCUUUACAAAUGUCAUCCCUGAGUGGCACCCACUUAAUGCUGCCCAUUUUGGUCCAUGUAACAAUUGCAACAGUAAAUCACAAAUAAGAAAAAUGGUAUUGGAAAAAGUAUCUCCCAUAUUCAUGUUGCACUUUGUAGAAGGCUUACCACAGAAUGACUUGCAGCACUACGCAUUUCAUUUUGAAGGCUGUCUUUAUCAGAUAACUUCUGUAAUUCAGUAUCAAGCAAAUAAUCAUUUUAUAACAUGGAUUUUAGAUGCUGAUGGAAGUUGGCUGGAAUGUGAUGACUUAAAAGGCCCAUGUUCUGAAAGGCACAAGAAAUUUGAAGUUCCUGCUUCAGAGAUACAUAUUGUUAUUUGGGAAAGAAAAACAUCCCAAGUGACAGAUAAAGAAGCUGCCUGCCUUCCACUUAAAAAGUCUAAUGACCAACACGCUCUCAGUAAUGAGAAACCAGUAUCUUCAACAUCGUGUUCUGUGGGUGAUGCUGCCUCAGCUGAAACAGCCUCAGUAACUCACCCUAAAGAUACAUCAGUUGCCCCUCGUACUCUUUCACAGGACACAGCUGUAACUCGUGGAGAUCAUUUACUUUCAGGUCCAAAAGGUUUGGUUGACAAUAAUAUUUUACCUCUGACACUUGAAGAAACUAUCCAGAAAACAGCCUCAGUUUCACAGUUAAAUUCUGAAGCUUUCGUGUUAGAAAAUAAACCUGUAGCAGAAAAUACAGGAAUUCUCAAAACCAAUACUUCGCAAUCACAAGAAUCACUAAUGACUUCUUCAGUAUCAGCUCCAUGUAAUGAAAAGCUUAUUCAAGACCAAUUUGUGGACAUAAGUUUUCCAUCCCAAGUUGUAAAUACAAACAUGCAGUCAGUACAGCUGAUUACAGAAGAUACUGUAAAUACUAAAUCUGUGAAUAAUACUGAUGCUACUGGUCUCAUACAGGGAGUGAAGUCAGUAGAAAUUGAAAAGGACGCUCAGUUAAAACAAUUCCUUACACCAAAAACUGAACAACUAAAACCAGAACAUGUCACAUCUCAGGUAUCUAAUUUGAAGAAAAAAGAAACUACAGCAGAUUCUCAAACCACAACAUCUAAGUCAUUACAGAAUCAGUCUCUGAAAGAAAAUCAGAAGAAACCAUUUGUGGGAAGUUGGGUUAAAGGCUUAAUAAGCAGGGGUGCUUCUUUUAUGCCACUCUGUGUUUCAGCUCAUAAUAGAAACACUAUAACUGAUUUACAACCUUCAGUUAAAGGGGUAAAUAAUUUUGGUGGCUUUAAAACUAAAGGUAUAAACCAGAAGGCCAGCCAUGUAUCCAAGAAAGCUCGUAAGAGUGCAAGUAAGCCUCCUCCCAUCAGUAAGCCACCAGCAGGCCCUCCAUCGUCUAACGGCACAGCUGCCCACCCACAUGCUCAUGCUGCUUCAGAAGUUUUGGAAAAGUCUGGAAGCACCUCAUGUGGAGCUCAACUCAACCACAGUUCUCAUGGAAAUGGUAUUUCUUCAGCAAACCAUGAAGACUUGGUGGAAGGUCAGAUUCAUAAACUUCGUCUAAAACUUCGUAAAAAGCUAAAGGCAGAAAAGAAGAAAUUAGCUGCUCUUAUGUCUUCCCCGCAAAGCAGAACAGUUCCAAGUGAAAAUCUAGAACAGGUGCCCCAGGGUGGGUCUCCAAAUGAUUGUGAAUCAAUAGAGGACUUGUUAAAUGAGCUACCAUAUCCAAUUGAUAUUGCCAAUGAGUCUGCGUGCACCACUGUUCCUGGUGUUUCCCUGUACAGUAGUCAAACUCAUGAAGAAAUUUUAGCGGAAUUACUGUCUCCUACACCUGUUUCAACAGAGCUGUCAGAAAAUGGGGAAGGUGACUUUCUGUAUUUGGGAAUGGGAGAUAGUCAUAUCCCACCACCAGUACCAAGUGAAUUAAAUGAUGUUUCCCAGAACACACAUCUGAGACAGGACCAUAAUUAUUGUAGCCCCACCAAGAAGAAUCCAUGUGAAGUUCAGCCAGACUCUCUGACAAAUAAUGCCUGCGUUAGAACAUUAAACUUGGAGAGUCCGAUGAAGACUGAUAUUUUCGAUGAGUUUUUUUCCUCCUCAGCAUUAAAUGCUUUAGCAAAUGACACAUUAGACCUACCUCAUUUCGAUGAAUAUCUGUUUGAGAAUUAUUGAAUUAAUACUUAACUUUUUUUCAUAUAAUAUUUAUUAUUAGAAGAACUUACUAUGUGUUCAGGUAGUGUUUAUACACUGGACUUGUGUAAUUACUUGUGUAAUAACCAUGAACAAAAUGUAAGGUUUGACCUUUGGUUCUGCCCAUGAAGCAUGUAAUCUUUCUUACACAUUAAAAUCAUUUAAUGUGUUGUC